AUUAACAGUCAGAGGGAGGAGAGGGAAAACAAGAUUUGAAUGUUGUUGGCAGUAGUUGUAGGAGGAGAAAGGGAGGAUAAGGAGGAGGGGAAUCCAACGGCAUCACUCCUCCCUCUCUGCCCGGCAGGAAGUUUCAAUCUUCGGCUUCAGUUCUGGCGGAGACUCGGCGGGCGGGCGGUCGGACCGGGGAUCAGCCACCGGUGGGGGAUGAGUUGAGCAGCGGGCAGCAGAAAAAAGUUCCAGCCGCUUCAGGAUUAAUGAUUUUUCCAAACGUGGAAAGUUAAAGCCUGUGGAAAAUAAUCGAGAUGCUCACAUGGAAAUUGCUCUUAUUUACCUCCACCUUCCACUGUUUGCUUCUGUGUAAUCUCUCCGUCAGGAAACAUGGCAAACGUUAAAGUUGCCAUUCGGGUCCGUCCUCCUAAUGCCAGGGAAGCUGCAGAUGGAGGGAGGUUAGCAGUUCAGGUGGAGGAUAAGUUUGUGAAAAUCCAAAAUGUGAAGCUGGACGGACGGGCAGACGGUGCUGUGGACUCCAGGGAGAAGCUUCUGGAGUUUUGUUUUGACUACUGCUACUGGUCAGUGGAUCCUGCGGACCCUCACUAUGCCUCGCAGGAGGAGGUGUUCCAGGACCUGGGUGUGUUGGUGCUGUCUGGAGCUUCUCAGGGCUACAACGUGUGUCUCUUUGCCUACGGCCAAACAGGAUCCGGGAAGACGUACACCAUGAUGGGGACACCGGACUCCAGUGGUUUGACACCUCGGAUCUGUCAGGGUCUCUUCAGGUCUGAAGACACUUUUCCUGACGGGCAAAAUUCCAGCCGAGUGGAGAUCAGUUUUCUGGAGAUCUAUAACGAGCGUGUGAGAGACUUGCUGAGAAGAGGAGAUCAGAAGAAAGCCUCACUGAGAGUCAGAGAACACCCGGAGAAAGGGCCGUAUGUUCAAGACCUGUCUCAACACGUGGUCUCGGACUGUAAACAGGCCAUGGAGCUUUUGGAGGAAGGCAUCGCUAACCGCAUCACUGCUGCAACACACAACCAUGACGCUAGCAGCAGAUCUCAUGCCAUCUUCACCAUCCAGUACACACAGGCUAUCUUGGAAAAUAACCUUCCCUCAGAAACUGUCAGCAGGAUCAACUUGGUGGACUUGGCUGGGAGUGAAAGAGCCGAUCCUCACUACUGCAGAGACAGACUAACAGAAGGCUCCAACAUCAACAAGUCUCUGGUCACUUUAGGCAUCGUCAUCUCAGCUCUUGCUCAGAACUCCCAGAUGUCCAGCAGCUGCCAGAGUAUCAACAGCGUAGCCUCGGAGGGUGAUGGCAGCACGGUGGGGAGCCACAGCAGCUCCCUGUCUGGAGGUGGUGGAGCAGGAGGAGGAGGAGGAGGAGGAGCAAGGAGACACUGUUUUAUCCCCUACAGAGACUCCGUUCUAACCUGGCUGCUCAAAGACAGCCUGGGAGGAAACUCCAAGACCAUUAUGAUUGCCACCGUGUCGCCUUCUGCCAGCAGCUACAACGAGACCCUCAGUACCCUGCGGUACGCCGCACACGCCAGAAAUAUUGUCAACAAACCCCGUGUUAAUGAGGACGCCAACGUUCGUCUGAUCAGGGAGCUGAGAGAAGAGAUUGACAGGCUGAAGAACAUGCUGCUCAGCUUUCAACUGCAGAGAAACCCCAGUCCUUCACUGAGUGAUGAGAGAGACGGCAAUCUGUCUGACAUGGUGCUGCAGAAUGAGCUGAAGGUGGAGCAGCUGACCAAAGACUGGUCGGAGAGCUGGAGAGACAAGAAGGAGCUGCUGGAGCAGUACAGCGUGGACAUCAACAGAGACAGAGGAGGAUUCUUCAUCAACUCACUGCAGCCUCACCUGGUUACUCUGGACAGAGACGUUCUCAGCACCUGGGUCGUCUUUUAUCACCUCUCGGAGGGAGUGACACAAAUUAAACCUCAGGAUGGGUUUGAUGAUCCAGAGACAGAUGUUCCGGGUGGUGUCUGCUGUGAGAUCGAAAACCGUGGAGGUGUGGUUACACUACGACCUCUGUCAGGCUGCUCCUGUCUGAUCAAUGACAGGGAGGUCACUGAGCCCUGCAGACUGGCUCAAGGGAUGGUCAUCACUCUGGGUGGAGGACGCAGGUUUCGCUUCAACCACCCGGCCGAGGCAGCCGUCCUACGUGAACGCAGACGGACUAGUGAAGGAAACUUUGGCUGCAACUACGUGGAUCUUUGCACUUCUUCAGUUGACCAUAGUGUCAAAGAAGCAAAGCUCCAGGAUCACCUCAGUGCCUGUGUUACCUCCGGUGAGGAGCCUGCUGUGAGACAUCGUGUGGAGGAGCAGCAGUUCUAUGUGGAGAGUCUGCGACAGGAGAUCCAGACUGCACAGAGAGGAGCUGAGAGGGAGCUGGAGAGGGAGCAGGCCCUCCUUCGACAGCAGCAAACGGAGUUCCAGCAGUGGAUUUUGCAAAAGAAGCAACGUCUGGCAACUCGCGAGCACAAAGUCACACAAGAGUGUGGAGUUCAAACUGACGCUGUUGCUGUAUCGCUCCCUGAUCUGCUGACUAAUCAAGCAUCUAGCCGUCAGGAUGUUCAGACAGUGAACGGUCCCAGUGAGGUGAUAAGAGCCAGGAGGAAGUUAGUGGAGGAGGAGCUGCUGAAAUAUCACGCUUUGUGUCGGGCCGAAAGCCGAAUUCGCCGUAAACGUCUGCAGUACCAGCUGGAAAGAGUCGCCCGUAAACAGCGACUUCUAGAAGCAAAGAGGGAAUUACAGCGGCUGGAAAAGGCUUUGCCAGAAAGUUCAGGGUCUCCUGAGCUGGGCUCCAACUCCAAGUACAGAACACAAUCGUCCCGUAGACACUCAUUCUCAUCAGAUCUUCUGUCCCGGCUUUACCCCCAGAACUCCCCUAUCUUCAGGCAUUUCCUUAAGAGAAACAGAUCCACAGAACUGACUUCCACAAAUCUUUCCAUACCGUCUGACUGUGUUGACAGCAGAGAGUGGGUUUCAGAUGAGUGUCUUCCUCGGGAAAGGUCUCAAAGUUGCUCUGGGACGACUUUCUCACAGCAAAAUAAAUCCUGCCAAAGCAGAGUCAGCUCAUCUGAAAACAUCAGACAAACUCCCAGAGGGGAAUCUCAAGCUCUGGUUUGUCAAGAACGUCCUGAAAGAAAACCACUGCUGCCAAACCGAGACCUGUCUUUUAAGAACAAAUCCGAUCAGAACAUAAUUCCUCUGAAGUCGCAGAAUACUGUGCAAACAGUCUGCAAAGAAAAUACGGCAGCAUCCUCCACAAGCUCUAAGACCCCAUCACAUCUAACUAGAAUUAAAGAACUAGAACCCAUCAGAAAGUCCAUCUCUGGUUCUGUAAGACCUAAGUUAAAAACUGUGUUGUCCAAAGUUUUCAGAAAACCACCGUUAGGUACAACUGGAGCCAGAGUUCCUAAACUUUUAGGGAGCAAAUUCCACUGGGGAUCAAAAAGAGAGAGGUGCUUUAAAAACACCAAAAUGAGUCAAGAGUCAGAUAAAAUCAAAACAUCUGUCUCGUGUGAGGAGCUUGACCUGAGGACAAGUGUUGGGGACGUCAUUAAACGGAGACGCUGGCACAGUACAGAAGCUCUUCUGGAGAAGACAGGCAGUUGGGUGGAAAUGCAGCAAGAUUUGGUGAAGUGGGAAGAAGGAGAAGAAGAAGACGUGAACGGAGGGCUGUCGGACUGCGACAGCCUUUUUUCACUGGAUUCACUUUCUUCUGCGUACGUGACGGUUCUUGCCGAGCAGCUGAGACGAGAGGAAGCGGCGCAGAGUGAAACAGAAAGUGAAGACAGUGAGAUUUCUCAAGAUUCUUUGGCUGUGGAGACCAAUAAGAAACACUCCAGGUUAGAGAGCCUCAGACGAACACUCGUACCGACUUAUUCACUGGUCACUGACCGGCCUGAACAGAGCAGCUCAGACUGUAAGAAACGCCAAAUUAGCCCAGUAGAGGCAAUGUGGAGUCAGUCAGAGAGUGGUGCAUCUGUAGAAGACACUAGAAGUGUCCAUCAUACCAUCAUACAAAAAUUAACAGAGGACUUUGGGACAUUGCAGAGUCCAUGCUCACUGAGCAACUGCAACGCAAGUGAGACGGAAAUCUUUCAGGCACUCACUGACGCCUGGUCGUCCACCGACACCACAGAGAGUCCCAGGAUUCACAGGGAUUCUCUGACUUUCCAGAGACCACUGAUGGUCGGACAUGUUGAAAACAGCAGCAGCCGCAGCUCCAGCCUGACUAGUGUAAACCUGUCAGAAUCUCAGAGUGAAUACAGAGGCUGCUGCUCAACCACCACUGGCUCUGAUAUUGUGAAUGUUACCAUGCAGGAAAACAGGACCAGGUUGUCCCAGAAUACAGCAAACCGGGACAAAAACAGUGGAAAUUCAAUCUCCGUACCAUUUCCUGAUCAGAGCACUUCAGUUUUACACACUGGGACCCCUCAAACUGCCGAAGGAGCGACAGACUUACUUCAAGAGUCCAAAAAUGCAGCCAAUUUUGCAGCUUGUGAUGUCCACAUGUCUUCCGACAGUGACAUGUGUACCUCUGAUUGUCAUCCGCAAACACAUGACUCCAUAAACCCUGUUAACUGCACCGAUGUACUAGACAAGAUGUCUGAAAUGGUGUGUACCUCUGAUAAAGAAUCUCUGUGCAGUGUAGAUAAGGAGGCGGAGCACUGUGAGAUUGACAGCACCAAACUUUUGUCAGUUGGCACAGAGAAUUCCGUAGCACUCGAACAGGAGCUUGUUAAAUCGGCUUGUAAAAAUUCCAGGAAGAGAAACAAGGAGCAACAGGAGAUUUUCAUUGGGAGCUUGAAAAUUCCAAAACGGAGCAACGGGGGGGAUUUGGUAACGUCCAGUUCUCAAAUGAUAGACAGACAGGAUACAGAUAUUUCUCUUGACGAUAAUAAAUAUGCCAGCUACGCAAAAGAAGAGCAGUCUGUGGUGAAGACUAAUUGCUACGGGUUUGAUUUAUAUUGUUCCAAAAACCUGAAACCUGAGGAGGCCUUUAAAGAAAUGACCUGUGAGUCUAGAAGUGAUGACGGAGAUCUUCAAUGUAGAUCCCCUCGAGAAAGUAAGGUCGUUUCAAAGGGAAAUGUACCAGUACAGGAAGUAAAACCAAGUGGCGAGGAAUUCACAAUGAAUGGCAGCAGAGAAAACAUGGAAAACAAAAAGCACAUUUGCAGAUCGGAUGCUAUUUGUAGUGCAAUUGAUCUACGAAUUGCUGAAAUGGUGAAAGAGCAUGUGAGGUUGUCCAUGAACCAGAGCCAGUUCCUGAAUGUUUUUACAUCUGAUCCAUGUCACUAUGGAUGUGAAAGUGAAAACCACAAAACGACAGAGAAGCAGCAGGUUGAUGAGAGAGAAGAUGAGGUAAAAGCAAGGCUACGUAUAAAUGGACGAUCUUUAGCUGAAAAUGUUAGUGAAGAUGAAAUGGAUAAAAGUCACAAUGUUCCAUCAACUUCGAUGGACCAACUUGGGAAUAGAUGUCGGAGCUCCAUGUUUAAAUCCACUGAAGUUCAAACUGAUCGGACACACAGCUUUCUUGAUGAGAACCCAAAGAAUGCAGCAAAGAAAGACUCUGAGUCGGUGAACUCUGUAAUCGCUAUUUUGCAGGCAACUAGUUUGUUGCCGGUGGAUGAGAGAAAAUGUAUUGAUCCUUGCACAAACAUUGAGAUCACUAAAGAAAAGCUAUGUCUUCAUCCCUACUCUGGCAGAAAUGACCUGAACGCAAAUGAACCAACCAGCACCAGCGCUGACAGAGCGGUUUUCUCUGGAGGUGACCUUGCAUCUAUUGUUGAAGACCAUUAUAAACCAGCUCAGCAAAGUUCGACAAAGACUUUUGACAAACAAUGCGAACUCGUUCAGGUGAAACCUGAAGCCAAGCGACUGUUGACUCAUAAAGAAAAUCUUCAGAUUGCAUUGAAAGACUGUGGUAAUCUCGCAGCCCAUGAAGUAAACAACAGAAGUAAGACCGUUAAAGGAGACAAGCCCUCUUUAAAAUUAACACACCAUUUCCAAUUUGCAGAAACACAUUCAAAAAAACUAUCCCAGACUUUUGGGGGCAAUGUGAACCAUGUCAAGUUCCAGGAUUCACACAGCAAAGUUACCCUCGAAGAUAGCAGUAAAGAAACCUUUGUAACAUCGAUCUGCCGAUUGGAGGCUCCUGGUUCUUCAACAAUGGAGAAAAUCAAUAGUUCUUCAGAUCCUCAGCACAAAAUUCCAAAAGAACCUGUUGUUAAAAGUACAAAAUGUUACAGUUCUGUCAUGUCCAAAGACCACGACGUAACCACAUUGAGUGGUACAGUAUCUCAUUCUUCUCUUAUGACCAAAAAGUCCAAGAGAAUCAGAAGGUCCAAGGUAAAAGCUGUUGUCUCUUAUUCCUCUGAUUCUUCUCUAAAAUCGUCCGACGAGGAGGAAGAUAAAACUACCAGAGUCCAUUACAGCAAGCUCCAAUGUAAAUGGGUGAAGCUUAAUACACAGAAUAAUGAGAGACAAGAAGAUAAACAAGCUUCUGUGUCUUCAGGACGAAGGACUCAUGGACCUGGUGGACCUAAACCUAAUGCAGAUCACACACAUCAAAAGACACCCUCACUACCACCUCAAGCUGCCUCACAAAACACAAACAAAGAAGCACUGAUCUCACACACAGGAAAAAGUGAAGCACACCUGACUUUACGCGCUAAAGACUCACCGAUGAAUUUUGCCUCCAGUGACAUUAACCCUUUUGUUCACCAGUGGGAAGAUGGGAACUCACACCAGCACCGUUACAAGAACCCUUCGUUCGGCAGUGCCGCCGAUCUGUCUUGCAAAUCUCCGCUUCUAAACAGCUCAGAAAAACGUAUAGCACGGUGCUGCAGUGUGGAGAAUGGCUUGAAUGGACAGAACUCGCCUUUCAACUCCCACCUCAGCACUUACGCCACCAACAAGGGCCUCUCCAGCACACUGAGCAGCAUGGAAGACUAUAAGGAAUCGGGCAAAAGAAAGUCUGUGCUGGACACGAACAGUCUGACGGUUAGCUGCAGCUCUUCUGGUAACAAUGCAUCGGGGGAUUUUGGCAACAGCUCUGGCAACGUGGAUGAAAUUAUGUACAUCUACUCAUCUGAGCAAGAGUCAAAGGCAAACGAGGUUCAGACCUGUGGACAGAUGAAGAUGUGUGAACAUGGAACCCAAACUGAGCAGGUGACUCAAAUGAUGAAAGUCAUCAGCACUGGACGUGCUACAAAAAACAAAGAGCGUCACAGAAGAAGCCAGACAGACGGACCAACUUUACAAAGACCCAAGGAUAUAAAGGAGUCUUCUACCUGGGCCAGCAUGGAGAGCAUGUCAGCUCAUCUUUCUAAGUUGAUUGACAGCACCUCUGAUCUUCUUGGAGAUGUCCAGGAAAUGAGGACAGGUGAAGUCCGGAGGUCCAGUCCAAGACGUAGUGUGAACUUGACCAAUCUCAGCACCUCGUACUGUGAGUCUGUGAAAAAUUGUUCGACUCAAACAGCCUCAGACGUUGGGAUCCAGACAGAUAUGUUUUUAAGGCAGGCAGAGAAGGAAGUCGUCGUUCACCAAACACCCAAUAAAACCUCCAAAGCUCAUGAGAUCAACGUGAUAGUCAAAGUGAUCGCUCCGGAGGCUCCCAGCAUGUCUCCACACCAAAAUUUACGCCAUCAAAUUGAAGCUAAUGCUAACACAGAUGAAAGGAGGCAGAGCAUGCCAGACCUGAGUUCACACAUUUAUGUAGCUGAAGGUCAAAGACGUGUCAGAUCUGUAUCUUCGGGAUUUGUACAGCAAAGCACAACUUCUGCAACAUUUGAAAGACAGUCAUUAGGACGUGGACUUCAAGAUAUUCAAGGUAUGUCCAAAAGAAAUGAGCCAUUGACUGGUGUAAAGAAACGGGUUUCGUACAAAGAUCGAGCAUCAUCUCCAAUUUUGACCGUCGGAGUUAAAUCUUUAAAACCUACACGUAGGAAAACAUUCAGUGAUUUUGUGGAGGAUGAUCUAUCAUCGUCUUCUUGCCAACAAUCAUUGUCCACAUCGAAGUGUGAUGCUUCAUCCACUCACUCUGAGUCUCUUGAGAAGAUGAAUAAAAGUCUCAAAUCAGGUCCCACCAACUCUGGUUCAUUGUUGGACAGUUGUGAGAAGAUCUUUGAAGACCAACGUUUCUCUCAGACAACAACAAGAACUUCGAGUUCUACAAACAAACACAUCUCUUCAGUCAACGAACACGUCAAUGAACACAAGCUUCAGACUAAAGUAGCCAAUAGAAAAUGUUCAAUUUACAGCAGAAUGUUUGAUGAUUCUUCAGAGUUUUGUGUUAAUGGUGCAACUCCUGAACCUCAUGAAGAUGACACGUUGUCCUUGGCUCCCAGUGAAUGCAACACAGACGUUCUUGUGAAUAUCCAACCUUUGACCAGCGAACUAAAGUCUCAAGAUCGCAGCAUGAUACCAGAAGACCUUCCUAUGCACAACAAGUUCACCAACUGGUCUGGUAUAAACCAGCAACGAUCCAAACUCAUCAAGAAACAGCAGGAGUUGGUGAACGUCAACCAAGACAACAGUAGAAAUGUCGGUGAUUGGGGUGAAAUAGAAAGCUGUGGAUCGAACCUGGAGUCUGUGGCUAACAGUGAGAGACGGGUCAGAGAGAUCAAGAGGUUAAGACAGGAGAGAGAGCAGGUGAUGGCUUCAGUCAGUCUGAGCAUGAACCCAACGCCGCUGUCUGUGGAACUGACGGAGGCCAAGUUGCAUUAUGGUCUAGGAGAGACAGACACGUUGUUGAAGAUGUUGUCCCCAAAGACCAGUGAAGAUCUGGAGCCAGUGAACUCUGCCCGUACCAAACAGCAGCUUUAUGAUCGACACCGAAGGAGUAUUGAGAGUUUGAGGCACGAGAGGGAGCGGCGACUCCAGACUUACCGCAGAGCUCGAAGUCUAAGUCCCAAGAAGUGUCCUUGCUCGUCCUCUGAAGAGGCUGCGUCCCCUUCCAAGAUACCUCCUGUGUCUCCCAGUCGCCGCAUGGAAUACCUGCAACAGCUCCGUCAGGAGGUGAUCGACAGCACCAGGUUAACAAAUUCUCCAAGAGGAGAGGGACAGUAUCCAUCAGACAUUGAGCACAUGUUGCGUGAUUACGGCCGAGCCCGACAAGAAGCCAUGACGGAGAUUGCGAGAGCUAGAGAACGACUGCGAGAGAGAACGGAGCAGGAGAAAAGGAGGCUUCAACAGCAGGCGCUGACUCCUGAGGAAAAGGACGACCCGAGGUAUCGGACCAGAACCAGUAACAGCACCUUGUGCACUGGAUCCAGUCUGAGUCUUUCAUCUGGACCCACAUCAGGAUACAACAGUGGGAACACGGUCCAGCAACAGCACAGCAGCAGACCAGCUUUAAAUGGACAGGUGACUCAGGAUGAAGGACAGAAGAUCUGGACACGUCCUCCAUUAUGUGGUCCUCAAAGUGUGAAGACACCUAGAGUCUGGCUGUCUUCCCAGGACAUUUGCACCGAGGCGUCCAUCACUGUCUUUGAACCACGGGUAACCUCAUCUCCAUCGCCCUCCACCUGUUUGCGUCAGCGCUCCACCUCCUUUGGCUCCUGCACCUCUUCUCUCUCCACAGCCCAUCAGGAUCUCACCUCCAUUCUCCUUCGGGAGGCGCUAGCUGAGGUGCAACUUGCCUCCACCAGAGAUUUUACCAACUUGGUGAUGGGUAAAGCCUCUGCAGAAUGGAGGUACCAGGGUGUAGAUCAAGGCGUCCACUCCUACCACAAGCCCUCCUGCAGCCAGGGGGUGCAUGGUUUCCUGGCUGCAGCGGAGCUGGACAGACCUGUGGACCUUCUGUGGAAGACAAUCUGUCAGCUGUCCAGGAGCCACUUGUAUAAUCAGUCAGUGCGCUCUGUGUGGACACGACCACUAGAUGACAGCACUCAGCUGGUCUACAUACUGACAGAUGCCUCCACAUGCCACCUGAGUCAGCCAAGGGACUUCUGCUGCAUCAGCACCGAGUCCAAACAGGGUGGCCUCUACAUCCUGGCCAUGCAGUCGGUGUAUGAAGAGUCUCUGCCUCGUCCCAGUGUGGAUGCUGUUCGGGGGGAGAUGAUGCCCAGUUGUUGGGUCCUUCAGCCAAUCAGACAGAAUGGGAAAGAACUCACCAGAGUCAUUUACAUGCUGCAGGUGGACCUGAAGUCUCCGUCUUUUCCUCCUCGUCUCCUGAGCAGCGUGGCCUGGAGGCAGGCGGCCGUCAUCGCUGACCUCAACACUUUCCUCACUUCAUAGUAAUAAUCACCAGGAGACAUGGAGACACCUGAGGUUCUCUGUGAGCACUUAAACCCAGCAUCAAGUCAGUUCGUCUUUUCACCUUGCACCUGAAAAUCUUUAUAUACUUGACUUUUGUUUCUACUUUAAGGAGAGCACUGUUACAUAUUUCACUUGUUCCUGUUACAGACUUUGAGCAGCUUUUUUACCUGAAGGUUUCAAAAGUUUUUUUGUUAUUUUUGUACCUGUAAAUAAUGAUAUAUUUGUGUUAUUAUAAUCCUAAGCUACCAAAGAUUGUCUUAAAACAAACAAAUAUGGCACAUUCACUGUAGUUUAUUGACAUAUAUAUACAUAUAAAUAUAUAUGUAUAUAUAUAUAUAUGUUCUUUAUUUUUCACAUUCAUUCGUGCCUUAAACUCGGUCAAAAUGAAGUAAAAGAAAUAUAUAUGUGGAAAAGAGAAGAAAUUCAAGUUUAACAGACAGUCAGGGGCAAAUGGUGACAUUUAUUUACACCAGCAAUGUUUCGCCACUAGUUUCUAUCUGCUAUAAAUUUAUCAUAAAUAUAUAAACGCUGUCAGAGAUGCAGCCACAAGGACAGGACAGGACAGGACAUGUGAGAUUAAAUCUGUUGACGAGGGUCAGCGUCUCUUUAUUCCACAGCUGAGGUCACAGACUUUAUGCAAAUGUUCACUUUAAUUCAAAACCUGUUUGGGUGAAGGAUGAGGCAACGCCCUCAGAUCUGGAGUAUUAGGACACAUUUAAAAGAAUUUCUUCUUCUUUUUGACUGUUUGGAGCCAGAAAUAAACACACCGAGGAAGAAUUUUGCUGAAAAAAAAGUCCAUAAAUACAGUAUCUUUUUGUUGUAUUUUCACCUGCUGCUGCGUAUUUCUGACCUUCAUUAUUCAGAAUGUAAUUUCAAAUGUCCUUCAACUGAUUUGGGACCUAAUGGGCGAAAAGCUAAAAAUACAGUCGGCACGGGACAAAACAACAAAUAUUAUCAGGCAGAGUAAAAAGGUCCCCGAGGAGGAGGAGGAGGAGAAAACAGGGCUCUGAGCAGUGAAUAAUCCAUAAUGUUUUUUAUCCCAAUGUUAUAUUUAGUUUUUUUUUUCCAUUAUAGUUAAUCAUCAAGCACUAUUAUUUUUCUUGUUACCUUUAUAUAUGCACAUUUGUAACAAAACUUAAAAAGAGAAUUAAGGUUAAAUUAAGCUAGAAUUUGGGUUUAUGAUAAAUACGUUUUAUUUGUCAAAUGAAUCUUUUAAAAAUGUUACAACUCUUCAUAAGUAAUUUCUAAUUAAAUCGAAUUUGUCACCGUAAAAGAAGUUGGAGAAGGAGGAAGGAGAAAAACAGAGCACUU